GGAGAUGAAACCCAUUUCUUACCCAGAAAUCAAUUUGCCAGAGGCGACGAUUAUCCCAUAAAAUCCAUAUAAUUCCACCUCUAGAAUCACCCAAUUCAUCAAACACUACAAAUUCUUCCGUUUCUCUGUUGAAUUGCUGCUUGUGGUUUCACAAUCGUUUCUGUUUAUGUUCGUCUAGAGCAACAAUUUCUCCACAUUUUCUAAUAACAAUCCAUCAGAUCUUCGUUUUUGUCGAUGAAUCUGUAACCUAGAGCUCGUCGUUCUGAGGAUUUUGGUUUUCUUCUCAUUGUUGGUUGAUUUUUUGUAAAUUGAUGGAGAAAAUAGAGAAGAGAGGAGGGUGUAAACAACAAGAGAGUACAACAGAUUUGUUUUUGAGGUGGGGAAAUAAAAAGAGACUUAGAUGUGUGAGAGUGAGAGAUCCAGAUGAUACAGCUGACCCAUCCUUUGCCGUUUCCGGCCGCCGUAGAAUUCGCCGGAAAAUUAACUCUCAUUUUGUUGCUUUUAGUUCCGAUAAUGAACAUAGAGAACCUUCUCUCCCACCACAAUCGACCCGUCUCACAAGAAACUCCGAGGCAGCGACGACUCUCAGGUCGGAAAGCAACCGGAAAUCCUCACCAGAUAAAGAGGACAAAUUGUAUCCGACAAGAGGGUAUACGGCGGCGGGGGUGGUUGAGAAGCCGAAGAUAUCAUCCGUAGACGGCGGCGGAGGGGUGGAGGAAAGUAGUAGUAAAAGCAAACAUGUAUGGCCAAAACUGUACAUAGCAUUAACAAGCAAGGAGAAAGAAGAAGAUUUUAUGGCAAUGAAAGGUUGCAAGCUUCCUCAUAGGCCUAAGAAAAGGGCCAAAAUGAUCCAAAGAACUUUACUUUUGGUGAGUCCAGGGGCAUGGUUGACCGAUAUGUGCCAAGAGAGAUACGAAGUUAGAGAAAAGAAGAGCACCAAGAAGAGACCAACAGGAUUGAAGGCCAUGGGAAGCAUGGACAGUGAAUCAGAAUGAUAUAAUGCUUUUUGGACAAUUUUUUGUACAUUUUCAACCUCAAUAUCCACCUUUUUUUUCUGUCUUAAAUAUUGUCAAA